AUGGCGGAGGUAAAUCUUUUGCACAGUGGCACGUCUUUGCCUGAUCCUUUUGAGGGGCUUUUGUUGGAGUAUUUGCUGCCGCCGUCAUGUUCCGACGCCUUUUUCCGGCGCUUCAAAUUUACAGACGGGCCAUGUCUGAAAAUUCUGCUCAGCAAAUGCCUUGGGACUGUCAUCAUCCUGGGGUCAAUGUUUGUGAAGCUUCCUCAGAUCGUGAAGGUGAUUGGCGCUAAGAACGCAGAGGGCGUCAGUUUCCUAUCGGUAUUGGGCGAGCUGCUGGCCAUCACCGGAUCUCUGGCCUACAGCGUGGCCUACAGCUUUCCCUUCAGCGCCUGGGGCGAAGCGCUCUUCGUUAUGCUGCAGACGGUCGUCAUCGGCUUCCUCAUCCAAUACUACAGUGGAAGAACUGGCAGAGGUGUGCUGUUUGCGCUGCUCUACUUGGGCGUGCUGUCGUUUUUGCUGACCCCACUGGCCCCCGCCACAGUGCUUACGGCCAUGCAGGCCUCCAACAUGCCCGCCAUCAUCGUGAGCAGGGUUAUUCAGGCGGCCACCAACUUUCGCAAUGGACACACGGGCCAGUUGUCCGCGCUUACUGUCAUUAUUUUGUUUGCUGGCUCACUGGCACGCAUCUUCACCUCAGUGCAGGAAACAGGCGACACCCUGCUGGUGGUCACUUAUGUGGUGUCGGUGGCCUGCAACGGCCUCGUUGUCGCGCAGGUGCUCUACUACUGGAAGUCCACCGAAAGGUUCCUACAAAACCAGCGGGAGCAGAUACACCCUGUCGAUUCCAUGCAAAGGUUUGCGGGUCCAUAUAGCACGCAGCACUAUUCUGAGGACUGGGAAGUGCGCAAAGCUGUGCAGAUGAUCAGCUUGGUGGACUCGGCCGUCUUGCAAGCCACGGAGGUGACGGACGCCAUUUUACAGCUGCUCCAAGGACUUCAAGGCGGCAUGGACAAGUACUUCAGGGACAACAAGAACCUGAAAAGAGCCUUCAAGAAGGAAGUGGUGGCUCGUAUCAAAGAGGCGGCCAACGUGCUGAAUGACGGCGUAGUGGAGCUUAACGCUAUCAGGCAGGAGCUCCAGAAGGCCAUCGGGAACUUUUAA